AUGGUUGAGACCCUUUUCUCUAACUUGCCGACUCCCCGAUCCACUUGCAGUAAGAGCUGCGUACCAGGAUACAGGAAAGUCGCUCUGGAAGGACAGCCCAAGUGCUGCUAUGAUUGCAUCCUGUGCUCAGAGGGACAGAUCUCCAACAUAACUGAUGCAGAUAAUUGCUUUAAGUGUCCGGAGGACCAUUGGCCUGAUAAAAGUAGAGCUAUGUGUAUUCCAAGAAGCAUUGAAUUCCUUUCCUUUGAUGAUCCACUAGGUGGUGGCAUGGCUGCUGUUUCACUUUUCUUUACAAUGCUCACCCUUGCAGUAUUAUGUAUCUUCAGAAAACAUAAUGACACGCCAGUUGUGAAAGCCAAUAACCAGAACCUUAGCUACAUCCUUCUCCUGUCCCUGGCUCUGUGUUUCCUGUCUGCUCUGCUUUUCAUCGGACGUCCUUUGACGAUCACCUGCCAGCUCCGACAAGCAGCUUUUGGAAUUAUUUUUACUAUUGCUGUUUCCUGUGUUUUAGCAAAAACUUUUACAGUUAUCAUUGCUUUCAGUGCUACAAGACCCAACAGCAGAUUGCGGAACUGGGUCGGAACCCGAGUAUCUUCUAGCAUCGUCAUCCUGGGGACAUUCGGUGAGGUUGUGAUAUGCAUUGUGUGGUUGGUUUGGGCUCCUCCAUUUCAAGACUAUGACACCCAAUCAAUGCGUGACAAAAUAAUUAUACAAUGUAACGAAGGGUCUGUCAUGCUGUUCUACUUGGCAAUUGGGUACAUGGGGUUUCUAGCCAUGUUGAGUUUUAUGCUGGCAUUUAUGGCAAGAAAACUUCCCAACACGUUCAACGAAGCUCAGUAUAUCACCUUCAGCAUGCUCCUGGUCUGUAGUGUCUGGAUCUUGUUCAUCCCGGUCUAUCUUAGUACCAGAGGCAAAUAUACGGUGGUCGUGGAGAUCUUCACAAUUGUGGCCUCAAGUAUGGGACUUCUGUGCUGUAUCUUCAUCCCUAAAUGUUACAUUAUUCUACUGAGAUCUGAUCUAAACACAAAAAAAAAACUUUUAAACAUCAAACAAUAA